AUGGCCAAGUGGUUUCAGCUAUCCAAUGGCCUGUGGCACCGGGACCAAAGAGGUUUUUAAUGGCUGAAUGCUGAACAGGAUGCUGCAAUGACUGCAUAAUGAUGUGCUCAUAGGAUCAGAGCACUCAGUGGUUGUGUGGAUUUGAGGACUAGGAAGUCCAUGGAUGGAUUUACAUUAUAGACAGGUUUGUCAGGGUAUACUGUUUAAGCUGGUUGUUUGACCAUUCACCCUGAUACUUACUUGGGGAAAGAGUGGUAGCCUGCAGGACUGAUGUGUUUCUGCUUUCUCCACGGAUUUCUUAUCACAGUGUGUGUCCCAUUGACCUCCCAACACACUCCAUGGUCAGACAUGAUGUAGUUGGGGAAAAUGCUGACACAUUCUACUUCUAUGUUUUGGUCUAGAGUAAGAUCCCUGUUUCACCAAUAAUGCCAAGACCACAGUCGUAACUCAGAAGACCUUUUAUGACUUGCCCUGAGUUCACUUUUUUGUUAGAGGGUUUUGCAUGUGGAUAAACAUUCCCUCUCUGAUGCUAUAGUGUGGAAACUCAGAGCCUGCCCCUAAGACAUGAUUUAAUAUGCACACAGCAGCUGACACUCAUGAGAGCGGCAACGAGAUAUAAGUAAUUGUGAAGAUGUUGAUGAUUGUGCUAACAGUGGUCUAAAUACUGAUAGUAGUCAUGAUUACAAUGAUUUUUAUGAUAAACCAAAUAUUAGCUUAAUUGGAUAACUGAUUUCCUUCAACCAGUCAAGAAAGGGCAUGGUAGCCCUAAACAUCUACAAAUCCACAAGAACUAGAGAAAUAUCCUUGUGCAUAUUUGACUCUUUCAUGAUUACAUGCCUCUACUCCUUCUUAUCUUCUGUCUGACAUCAGUGUUUGAUGUGUGUUAUGUUGUGAUGAUUAGGCGUGUCGGGACUUCCUGGACCUAGCGGAGACCCACAGCAGGAGAUGGCAGCGGGCGCUGCAGUAUGAGAGAGAGCAGCGUAUCCACCUGGAGGAGACCAUAGAGCAGCUAGCCAAGCAGCACAACAGUCUGGAGAGAGCCUGGAGAGAGGCCCCCACACUGUCCACCAACACGCCCAGCGCCCCCACCACCGAGAAGGGUAAGGCACACUGUCUGGCCUCUUAGCAUGGCCCCUUAGUCCUUAGACUAACAGGACUCUGUUCAUUUGGAGAAAUAGUACAUCUUGGCGAAAUAUGAAAAUGAAAGCCAUUUCAGAUGGUUUUAAAUUAGAUUGUCUCUGUAAUUAAGGGUUAGACUGAAAUAGACUGGAAGAUACAUUUCUUAUGAGAGUAGUAUUCAAAUGGACACAAUCACUCCUCACCUUUCCUUUGUGAUAGCCAUUCUAGCGUAAAAGAGUAAGCUGUGUAUCACACAGGAAUGGAUAUAUUAUAAUUUGUCAGUCUGAGGUUGUAUUGAAGUUGGACUUUUCCCUCCCUUCUCGCCUGGAAUCAAGUUCAGUACUUAGUUAGCCUACAGGGACGUUACUUAUUAAAGACAAUUAUUCCUUAUUAAUCUCCAUAGGUAUUUGAUUAGCUACCCAACCCUCCUUUCCCCUCUACAAAUCAUGUGACUACUGCUGCACCAGUAUAGAGCAGGGUGUGUGUUACAUAUUGCUUUAGUUUGCGCGUGCGUGUGUGUGUGUGUUCUCUCUCUCAGGAGGGAGUGAGAGGCAGCAGAAAGGGGAGGCGAGUGAUGAAGAUGAGGAGACAGAGUACUUUGACGCCAUGGAGGACUCCCCUGCCUUUAUCACAGUGACCGCCACUGAGAACACACAGCACAGGUCAGUCAGUCAGUCUCACCCUAUGGCCUGUACAGUACACUCCAUGGCUGGCUCUUCACAUCCACCUCAAUGGAUCGUGGAUGUUUAGUUUGGUAUUAGUUUAGUAUAAGACUGAUUCGGUGUGAAUAGACUGUGAUAAAUACAAAGACGUGAUGUCUUGAUUGUGCCUGUUGAUGGAUUCUGUAGUGUUUACACCAGAGCAUCUGUCAAGCCCAGAGCCACACUGUACACCUCAUAUUGCCUGUGUAUGACACAUUCCUUCCAUCAGCUACUCAAUAACCACCAGCAGUAAAACUUCAGAACCUCUUUCCCUCUCUGUACUCAUAAUCUCUCUCUCACUCACACUCACACUCUCACACACACACACACACACAGACUCAUACCUGCUGGCAGUGUUGUCUGUAUGCGCGCAUCCUUUCCUGUCUGUUUUUAAUGAAUGUCUGUCUGUCUUUACUGGACUGGCUCUGGCACUAUUAACAGCUCAAGAUGUUGUUGUCUCUAUGAUAAAAGAUAGCUCAUUCCCCUUACUGCUCCUCUACUAGGGAAUAAACCACUGCUCAGCCACUUCUCUGUUUUGGACUUAUUCUUUCAUCUCCAAAAUACUUGUGGCUUUUUAUGUGGCUCAGUUUUAGAACUUUGUUGUUUUUUGCUGCCCUAUUUUACCAGAACACCUGGUGAGACAGUAUAUACACCUGAUAGGACUCCUUGCUUUCCCUUUGAGGAUAAUAUAAUGUUUAUAUUUCCCAGAUACAUAUUCUGCUGCUCCUCUCCAACUCAGAGACACAUCUAUCCACCUCUAACACAACAGCUCAGAGACACAUCUAUCCACCUCUAACAGAACAGCUCAGAGACACAUCUAUCCACCUCUAACAGAACAGCUCAGAGACACAUCUAUCCACCUCUAACAGAACAGCUCAGAGACACAUCUAUCCACCUCUAAAAGAACAGCUGAGACACAUCUAUCCACCUCUAACACAACAGCUCAGAGACACAUCUAUCCACCUCUAACAGAACAGCUCAGAGACACAUCUAUCCACCUCUAAAAGAACAGCUGAGACACAUCUAUCCACCUCUAAUAGAACAGCUCAGAGACACAUCUAUCCACCUCUAACAGAACAGCUCAGAGACACAUCUAUCCACCUCUAACAGAACAGCUCAGAGACACAUCUAUCCACCUCUAACAGAACAGCUCAGAGACACAUCUAUCCACCUCUAACAGAACAGCUCAGAGACACAUCUAUCCACCUCUAACAGAACAGCUGAGACACAUCUAUCCACCUCUAACAGAACAGCUGAGACACAUCUAUCCACCUCUAACAGAACAGCUGAGACACAUCUAUCCACCUCUAACAGAACAGCUCAGAGACACAUCUAUCCACCUCUAACAGAACAGCUCAGAGACACAUCUAUCCACCUCUAAUAGAACAGCUCAGAGACACAUCUAUCCACCUCUAACAGAACAGCUCAGAGACACAUCUAUCCACCUCUAAUAGAACAGCUGAGACACAUCUAUCCACCUCUAACAGAACAGCUGAGACACAUCUAUCCACCUCUAACAGAACAGCUGAGACACAUCUAUCCACCUCUAAUAGAACAGCUGAGACACAUCUAUCCACCUCUAACAGAACAGCUGAGAGACACAUCUAUCCACCUCUAAUAGAACAGCUGAGACACAUCUAUCCACCUCUAACAGAACAGCUCAGAGACACAUCUAUCCACCUCUAACAGAACAGCUCAGAGACACAUCUAUCCACCUCUAAAAGAACAGCUGAGACACAUCUAUCCACCUCUAAUAGAACAGCUGAGACACAUCUAUCCACCUCUAAUAGAACAGCUCAGAGACACAUCUAUCCACCUCUAACAGAACAGCUCAGAGACACAUCUAUCCACCUCUAAUAGAACAGCUGAGACACAUCUAUCCACCUCUAAUAGAACAGCUGAGACACAUCUAUCCACCUCUAAUAGAACAGCUGAGACACAUCUAUCCACCUCUAACAGAACAGCUCAGAGACACAUCUAUCCACCUCUAACAGAACAGCUGAGACACAUCUAUCCACCUCUAAUAGAACAGCUGAGACACAUAUAUCCACCUCUAACAGAACAGCUGAGACACAUCUAUCCACCUCUAACAGAACAGCUGAGACACAUCUAUCCACCUCUAACAGAACAGCUCAGAGACACAUCUAUCCACCUCUAACAGAACAGCUCAGAGACCAAUCCGAUGUUACACCCAGUCAUGUGCUGAAUAGAGCCAUCCAUCUGUGUCUAGCUGCCUGCGCCUGUCUGUUUCGGUUAUUUUGUGUGCGUUUCGGUGUGUGUGUCUGCGUGUGUGUGUGCGUGCAUUAAGAUUAAGUUUCUCCCUCUUCCAGGCAUUCUCAGAGUAACCUGAGUGGAGCGAGUGGAGGCCAGACCAAUGACUGGAACCAGGAAAAUGUGAGUGUCUCUUUCCUCCAAACAGCUCUCAGUAAUGAUCCACAUGCCUGUCGACACACUAGGCUUUAUACUAUUCACCUUUGUCACUGUGUGUGAAGCUCUUUUAGUUAUUUUUAACCUGUCUCCAAUUGCUGUUUUCUAGCAUCCUGUUAAGGAAAAUAGCAUAUCACAUUACGAACUUGGGCAUGUUUUUUUGCAUUCUCAAACACAAAAACACACACACACACACACACACACACACACACACACACACACACACACACACACCCACACACUGGCAUGCUUUGACCACACACAUACCCUCACAGGCUCUCUUUCUCUCUCUGUCUCGUCAUUUCUCUGGAUCUUUAAUUACCAGUCAGAUAUCUGUUUUCCCAAUUCUAUCUCUCUCAUUCUCCUCUCUUAUUCCCUCUCUUCCUCUACUUCCAGAUGGUGAUUCACUGAGUCCCUGACAAGCUAAGAUAUACAGUGGGGGAAAACAUUUAUUUAGUCAGCCACCAAUUGUGCAAGUUCUCCCACUUAAAAAGAUGAGAGAGGCCUGUAAUUUUCAUCAUAGGUACACGUCAACUAUGACAGACAAAAUGAGAAGAAAAAAAUCCAGAAAAUCACAUUGUAGGAUUCUUUAUGAAUUUAUUUGCGAAUUAUGGUGGAAAAUAAGUAUUUGGUCAAUAACAAAAGUUUCUCAAUACUUUGUUAUAUACCCUUUGUUGGCAAUGACACAGGUCAAACGUUUUCUGUAAGUCUUCACAAGGUUUUCACACACUGUUGCUGGUAUUUUGGCCCAUUCCUCCAUGCAGAUCUCCUCUAGAGCAGUGAUGUUUUGGGGCUGUCGCUGGGCAACACAGACUUUCAACUCCUUCCAAAGAUUUUCUAUGGGGUUGAGAUCUGGAGACUUGCUAGGCCACUCCAGGACCUUGAAAUGCUUCUUACGAAGCCACUCCUUCGUUGCCCAGGCGGUGUGUUUGGGAUCAUUGUCAUGCUGAAAGACCCAGCCACGUUUCAUCUUCAAUGCCCUUGCUGAUGGAAGGAGGUUUUCACUCAAAAUCUCACGAUACAUGGCCCCAUUCAUUCUUUCCUUUACACGGAUCAGUCGUCCUGGUCCCUUUGCAGAAAAACAGCCCCAAAGCAUGAUGUUUCCACCCACAUGCUUCACAGUAGGUAUGGUGUUCUUUGGAUGCAACUCAGCAUUCUUUGUCCUCCAAACACGACGAGUUGAGUUUUUACCAAAAAGUUCUAUUUUGGUUUCAUCUGACCAUAUGACAUUCUCCCAAUCCUCUUCUGGAUCAUCCAAAUGCACUCUAGCAAACUUCAGACGGGCCUGGACAUGUACUGGCUUAAGCAGGGGGACACGUCUGGCACUGCAGGAUUUGAGUCCCUGGCGGCGUAGUGUGUUACUGAUGGUAGGCUUUGUUACUUUGGUCCCAGCUCUCUGCAGGUCAUUCACUAGGUCCCCCCGUGUGGUUCUGGGAUUUUUGCGCACCGUUCUUGUGAUCAUUUUGACCCCACAGGGUGAGAUCUUGCGUGGAGCCCCAGAUCGAGGGAGAUUAUCAGUGGUCUUGUAUGUCUUCCAUUUCCUAAUAAUUGCUCCCACAGUUGAUUUCUUCAAACCAAGCUGCUUACCUAUUGCAGAUUCAGUCUUCCCAGCCUGGUGCAGGUCUACAAUUUUGUUUCUGGUGUCCUUUGACAGCUCUUUGGUCUUGGCCAUAGUGGAGUUUGGAGUGUGACUGUUUGAGGUUGUGGACAGGUGUCUUUUAUACUGAUAACAAGUUCAAACAGGUGCCAUUAAUACAGGUAAUGAGUGGAGGACAGAGGAGCCUCUUAAAGAAGAAGUUACAGGUCUGUGAGAGCCAGAAAUCUUGCUUGUUUGUAGGUGACCAAAUACUUAUUUUCCACCAUAAUUAGCAAAUAAAUUCAUUAAAAAUCCUACAAUGUGACUUUCUGGAAAAAAUAAUCUCAAUUUGUCUGUCAUAGUUGACGUGUACCUAUGAUGAAAAUGACAGGCCUCUCUCAUCUUUUUAAGUGGGAGAACUUGCACAAUUGGUGGCUGACUAAAUACUUUUUUUUCCCACUGUACAAAGUUAGAGAUCUACACUGACAGUGACAGUUAGACGUUUCUCUCUCUCAUAUCUUCCCAAUCUCUCUCUCCCUCCCCAUCGGUCUCUCUGUCUCUCCCUAUCUCUCUCCCUAUCUCUUUCUCUUUCUCUCUCCCAUCUCUCGCUCUAUUUCUCUCUCGCUCUAUUUCUCUCUCUCUCUCUCUCUCUCUCUCUCUCAGGUGUAUCCUAGCUGUAAUGAUACAGGGAAGGAGCUGCAGCCCCUCAGAAGGAGGCGGAGCCACAUCCCAGACAAGCCCAAUUACUCCCUUAACCUGUGGAGCAUCAUGAAGAACUGCAUUGGCAAGGAGCUCUCCAAGAUCCCCAUGCCUGUGAGUGCCUGUCAUGCUUGUGUCCAUGUAGUAGAAUGAGCCUGGGUGUGAGUGUAUGAGAGGUGGAGAGAGCGGCAUCAUAUUGGAACUCAUCCGAAAUGUGCAAGUCAAUGACAAAACUCUAACCAUUGCAAACUGUUUGUCUGCAGGUAAACUUCAACGAGCCUCUGUCCAUGCUGCAGCGGCUGACAGAGGACCUGGAGUACCAUGAGCUGCUGGACAAGGCGGCGCGCUGUGAGAGCUCCCUGGAGCAGCUGUGUCUGGUGGCAGCCUUCUCUGUGUCCUCCUACUCCACUACCGUCCACCGCACAGCCAAACCCUUCAACCCCCUGCUGGGGGAGACCUAUGAGCUGGACCGCCUGGACGACUUCGGCUACCGCUCACUGUGUGAGCAGGUACACACAGAGACAGAUAAAUUACAAUAUUACACUGAGACAAACACACUCGCACACACAGGAAAAUACUUCAAUUUAGUGCCUCUACAAUACAUACAAGCCAUGAUACACAAAAAGUACCCAUCAUUGACAUACUAUAAGCUAGAGCAGUGAUUUUCCUUUGAGCGUGUAAAUAACCUCUUCCCCCCCUCCCCCCUCACCCCCCGUCCGUAGGUGAGCCAUCACCCCCCAGCAGCAUCUCACCAUGUGAUUUCUCAGCGAGGCUGGACCCUCUGGCAGGAAAUCACCAUAGCCAGCAAGUUCCGUGGCAAAUACCUCUCCAUAAUGCCUUUGGGUGAGUUGCUGAAUAUUCACCAUGUACUGACCACUGUUAACACACUCUCUAUGCAAAUAAAGGUCUCAUGACUGUGUACAGUGCCCUUUAUAAUAAUUAUUCUUUUGGCUCUAUACUUCAAAAGUUUGGAUUUGAAAUCAAACAAUUACUGUGAGGUUAAAGUGCAGACUCUCAGCUUUAAUUUGAGCGUAUUUUCAUUCAUGUCGUUUAGAAAUCACAGCACUUUUUGUACAUAGUCCCCCCAUUUUAGGGGAGCAAAAGUAUUGGGACAAAUUCACUUAUGUGUAUUAAAGUAGUAAACAGUUAAGUAUUUGGUCCCAUAUUCCUAGCAUGCAAUGACUACAUCAAGCUUGUGAUUCUACACAUUUGUUGGAUGCAUUUGCUGUUUGUUUUGGUUGUGUUUCAGAUUAUUUUGUGCCCAAUAGAAAUGAAUGGUAAAUAAUGUAGUGUGUCAUUUAGGAGUCACUUUUAUUGUAAAUAAUAAUAGAAUGUUUCUAAACACUUCUACAUGAAUGAGGAUGCUACCAUGAUUACAGAUAAUCCUGAAUGAAUCGUGAAUAAUGAUGAGUGAACAAUGUACAGACGCACAAAUAUCAUACCCCCCCCCAAAAAAAAAACGCUAACCUCCCCUGUUAAUGUAAUGGUGAGAGGUAUGAUAUUUGUGCGUCUGUAACUUUCUCACUCAUCAUUAUUCACCCGAUAUGGAUGGAAAUACCCUAAAAUUAAAGCUGCCAGUCUGCACUAACCUCAUAGUCAUUAUAUGAUUUCAAAUCCAAACUUUUGGAGUAUAGAGCCAAAAGAAGAAAAAAUGCUACAGAGGACACUGUAUGCAUGUUUAUAGGUGGGAACACCAGGAUCUCUCUGUAGGUCAGGUCUCUGAAAUCCAGGCAACCUCAACAUCACCUCUGUCCUCCCAGUCCCUCCUACUCACUCACUAAGCCAUAGAUGGAGACCAGUGUGAAAAUGAAUCUAACGACCCCUGUGACAGAUACAUAAACUCUGGGUGUAUAGGGAAGGCUGUACCCAGGGGUCUCUAAGGCCCUGAUAAAUUAGAGAUUAAUAGAUCCCAUAGAUUUGAUUGAUACAUAUCCCAUAACAUGAAGCCGUGCUAUCCAUUUGAACUAUAAAGAAUAACCUCUUGUAUGUUUAUUGUAAUCCUAGUGAGAUUUAAGUAAGUAAAGUAAGUAAUAUGUGACAACAGACUUUGAGUCCCUGCCUCGCUCUCUCAGCCCCUGUGUUAUCAGGCCAAGUCUCUGCAGGUAGGACUAACCUUGUUUAUAAAUGACUCAAAAUAAGAACCAGAAUAUCAACCACAAUACAUGUUGCCUUGUUACAUUGUAAUGCCAUGGUACUAACACUAAGAGUGUUGUCACUCUUUCUCUGACUGCAUUUCAUCCCCACCACUCCAUCUCUCCAUUUAUAUCUCAAUGUUCUCUCCUUUUUUGGCCUUUACCCUCUCUCCCCAGGUGCCAUUCACCUGCAGUUCCACUCCAGUGGGAACCAUUAUGUUUGGAGGAAGGUAACCUCUACCGUGCACAACAUCAUCGUGGGCAAGCUGUGGAUUGACCAGGUCUGUCUACUAACUACAUCAUGGCUCUACUCCCUCCUCCUCCCAUGUUCUUACCUGUCCAUGUCUCUCUCCUACUCUCCUCCUGUCUCCUCUUGUGUCCUCAUUGUCUGAUCCUGUGUGUCUGUCUGAUUCAGUCAAUAUCCAUGUGUCCUGUAUGUCAGCCCUCCAUGUGUAAGAGGUAUCUAUCGUCUAAUGUUUCCUAUUUUCAUCCUGUAGCUGUUUGUAAUGUAAUCCAGGCUGGUGGAGUGAGUGUUGGGUAGAGGCAGAGCUCAAUCGCAACAGAACAGAACAGCACAUGAAUAAGCCUGUGGUCUCUGAUGGUUUCUCUCCCUUUCAUUAAUAACACCCUCCCCUCUCUCUACGAUGACCCAAUUGCCGUCUGUAACUGUCUGUUGGUCUGUCACAUCAUCUGUCUGUAGUACUACUCUGUGCUCUGUACCAGCCCCUCACUGGAAUAGGAGGAGGAGGAAGACAGGGGCCAGGGAAUCAACUCUAGCUAGCAUAUGGUAGAAUAUGGCACACUCACAAACACCCUCUCAGUAGCAGUCCCUAAAGCACACCUUAGUGUCAAUUAUAUAGAGCUUCCUAGUAGAAUCUCAAUACAUCCCUGAGAGGGGAUGAAUGUAAAGACACUGUUCUGAUACAGCUGUGGAAUGUUGAGAUGUUAUUUGUUCUAUCUCUCCUUCUGAACUCCUUCUGAUGAUGACUCAUCGGUUGUUUUCUGAUUGCUAUUGAUGCUAACUAGAAAGUCUCUCUCCUAUCCCAUCCUCCUCUUUCCUUUUCUCUUCCAUCCCAUUCUAUCCUCCCUUCUCUCUCUCUCUCUCUCUCUCUCUCUCGCGCACUCUCUCUCUCUCUCUCUCGCGCGCUCUCUCUCCUCUCGCGCGCGCUCUCUCUCGGGGCAGUCAGGGGACAUUGAGAUAGUCAACCACAGGACCAAGGAGACAUGCCAGCUCAAGUUCUCCCCCUACAGCUAUUUCUCCAGGGAAGUCCCACGCAAGGUACAUGUCACCACCAUCACAAACCUCUAAUCAGCCCUGGCUGAAACCUGACCGUGGCAUGAUGAGCUCAUAGGCUCGGCUGUCACAUUGUUGCGUGCUGCCCCCUGCUGGAUAAUAAAAGCAAAUAUAUCAUUUUUGAAUGGACUCUUCUUUCAAAUUGUUGUUAAUAAUUAACUAUAGUGAGGGAUAUUGUAUUAAUUUCUACAAAUGGAAUGAUACAUUUCCUCUCUGUGUGUCUGUGUUGUCCAGGUAACGGGGGUGGUGUCAGACAGUGGAGGGCAGGCCCACUACAUCCUGUCUGGCACGUGGGACGAUAAGAUCGAGAGCUCCAAGAUCGUCCAGAGCAGCAAAGGGGGCAGCGGCUCCGAGGGCAAGCAGAAGACUGUCUACCAGACCCUGUCCCCCAAACUACUGUGGAAGAAAUACCCUCUCCCGUAAGCACUGCCCAGCCUACCCAGCCUCACACAGUAAAACACUACAGCACAUAACACAGAUCACACACUAAUCCUACGAUGCACCAUACACAACAACACAACAAAGAUUACUACAUUAUAGAGCAACCUAACUGCUCUCCUCUAUCUCCCACCCACCUCCUCUCUCCCUCUCUCUCCCUGUCAGGGAUAACGCUGAGAACAUGUACUUCUUCUCGUCGCUGGCGCUGACGUUGAAUGAGCCGGAGGAUGGGGUGGGGCUGACGGACAGCCGGCAGAGACCGGACCAGAGGCUGAUGGAGGCGGGGAGAUGGGACGAGGCCAACUCUGAGAAACAGAGACUAGAAGAGAAACAGAGAGCUGUGAGGAGGAGGAGAGAGGCAGAGGCCACCGAUGCACUUGAUGACGGUAAGAGAGUGGGCAGGGUGGAGAGGCAAUGGAGAGUUGACAGAGAGAACAACUGAUAGAGAGAAAGGAGCAGGGUGGAGUGAUUUGUAGAAAGGCCUUUAUUAAGUCCCAUAACUCUGAAUCAUUCCUCCCGUCCCCUGACCUUUAUGUAAAUGCUAUGACAAGAACAGUAUUACCUGGAGUGAGCCAGAUGAGAACAGAUGAGGAUUGAAAGUGAAGAGCUAAUGGAGGCUACUAGGGGGAGAGUGUAGAGAGAGGACACAGCAGAGCAGACACUUCUCAUCCUGGUUACAUUGUUAAUGUCCAGUGCUCUGUAUUUUGAUGUACCCAUGACGCGGCUCUCUUUUCCUCCCUCUGUUGGUGGUCAGAGUGUGAUUAUGAUGACUCUGGUGAGUGGGGGUUGCCUUGUGUCCCCCUGUUGUGCAUCACCCUCACCCACAUCCCCAUCUUUUUUGUGUUGACCCUCCCCUUUGUGGCCUGCUUAUGGCAGCGUUCCAGGUUGUCUUUUUUGCAAUCACAAUGCACAUCUCAGGAGAUUACUAUAUCAUAUUCAUGUGGCACAGAGACGUUAAACACUUCUCCAGAUGUUUAACGUGUCUGGAUCAUCCAGGUCUGUCUCUGUGCAGCAUGACUGCAAUAAAGACAACCUGGAACUGGAAGGGAUCCUUUAUAUGGGGUCUGCAUGCUGACUGACUCCCUAGUACCCACUCUUCCAGACUAUGACCCAGGAAAAAGCCACUCAGUCUUUUUUCUGCUACCAUGUGCCUCUUUCAUUCAGCCUUGACUUGGCCCUCCUAUGGCUGUACUGUUUCAGAGCCAGAGAAACAGACAUAGAGGUGUCUGUAAUGUGUGGGAGUGACCUGACAGUAGGCCAUACAGAAUAACUCCCUGAGCCCACUGUAUGAGUGACGCUUGUGUCUCUUCCCCCAGGUCGGGAGUACGAGGGCUUCCAGCCACAGUGGUUCCACAAGAGGACGAACGCCAUCACUGGAGAGACAAACUUUGUGUACAAGGGUGGAUACUGGGAGGCUAAGGACAGUCAGGACUGGAGUAUGUGCACUGAAAUCUUCUAAGCCUCGACCACACCCAUCCUACCCCCUCACUGGACUCACCCAGGCCCAUGAGACUGCUCUACCGCUGGCCCUGGAGGAAGAGGGGUAUGGGUCUGGGUGUGGACCUCUGUGUGCGAAUGUGUACGUGUCACACACUCACAAUACAGUGUACCUCCCCACGUACACACACACUUCAUCUUUUUUACAGAGUCAAAGGAGAGAAGGGGCCUUCUCUAGAUCCUCUCUGACAACAUAGCACUGAGCUGUAUGGGGUGUGAGCGAGAGGAGAGAUUGAAUACCAUAGAAAAAGGACCCAAUAGAGAUGUCCAAAAUAAUCAGGUGCUCCACACACGCUACCCACAAUGCACUAUUCCUCUGUUCAGCACAUCAUUUUUUUAGGGGUAUUAAUGAUUGAACAGCAACCCAUCUAAAUCAGUUCUCCU